AUGGCUGACAUUGCAUUGGGCAGCGUGGGGAAGAUUGUUGAAAUCGCACUCAAGAUCAAGGAGGCCGUGGAGACGGUUCAGCAAAACGAGAAGGAGUGCCACGACAUCCAGAGGUGCGCUGCCAGGGUCAGCGCUCUCCUCAGGAAGCUUGACGAGAUGACGGAGACGAUGAAGGACGAGGUGAUGCGUGACGCGCUGGAGGAUCUGGCCGAAUCCCUGGAACGCGCCCUCGAGCUCGUCACAGAGUGCCAGCGGAAGCACAUCUUUCGCCGCUUCUUGGGAGCAGGGGACAUGGCCAAGGAGCUGGGCCGGGUCCAGGAUGAUAUAGUGAGGAAACUGCAGCUAGGGAACUUCGCCACCAAUGUCCAGACCACCAUCAUGGUGACAAACAUCCAAUCUGCUGGUGGUCCUCCUCCUCCUCCACCCCUACCCCAACGGCAAGUGAUUAUUGAUGGCUUCACAAUGUUCAGUUUAUCUGAAUUGAAGGCCGCUACAGAGAACUUUUCGGACGGAAACAAUAUUGGAAGUGGUGGCACUGGUGAUGUUUACAAGGACGGACAAGUUGUUGCCAUAAAAAAAUUGCAUGAUGUCAUGGACGACAGCUGGCUAUACGAUGAAAUUAAUGUUUUUGUAGAUCUGAAGCACAAAAACAUAAUUAGACCUCUGGGAUAUUGCCACGAAGUGAUAAUGGUCUUGAACAGCCUUUAUGGAAAAUGUGUUAGAGCUGAACACAGAGAAUUUUGUUUUGUAGAAGAAUACAUGGAAAACGGAAGUAUGGAGAAGAUUAUCAACGCUAAAAAGUUGGACCUUGGUGUUGAAAAAUCCAGCGACACCAACAUGGUUGGCACAAUGCCUUACAUGCCUCCAGAAUACAUGUUCCAAGGAAUUGUGUCAACGAAGUGCGAUGUGUAUGCUUUUGGCAUCACCCUCCUCGGGACCAUUAUUGGCAGUAUGAGCAUGUCUACGCCCUCUGGUUUAUGUGAAUCAAUUCAAUGGGCUUUCGAAGCUCGGGACGAUGUACGGAUGGAGUUGUUUAAACCGUCAUUGUGUUGCAAGUCUCAGCUAAUGCAGAUCAAGAAGUGCAUGGAGGUUGGGCUCCUAUGUGUUGAGCUUGACAAGGAACAUAGACCCACCAUGGCGGAUGUGCUUGCGAUGCUAAAUGGUGUGAAAGAGUUGCCAGCUCUAAAGCGGCCAUAUCCAUAUAUAAACUUCGACCGCCUCUGA